AUGUCUAUCGUCCACUACCUGUGGGAACACAUCGGCGUGGAUGUACCCCCUGCGAAAGUAGCAGAGUAUUGGAGCCACAACCGCAAAUUCAAGGUUCCAUGGGCAGAAAACCACCCAGCAGGAGAUUACCACAUCCCAUUGGCUUUGUACGGUGACUCUUGUCGAACACGGCAAGUUAGUUACCAACCGGCGAGGAAGGUGUUAGGCAUAUUUUUGUCCUGCCCGUUGUUUCGACCAAAAAGUGUGAGAGCCAGCCGAUGGCUGGUGUUCUCCAUAGAGGAGGACCAGCUUCAGGGAGACAUCACGCUUGAUCGGGUUCUGCUCUACAUUGCUUGGGCAUUAAACUGCCUGUUCACUGGCCGGUGGCCACGCUGUGACAUGAAGGGUACUGAGUUCACCCACCACAAGGCGGAGCGUGCUGGCAAAUGGAUUUGUGGUCGACCUCUUGCGUUUGCUCUUACAGAGCUCCGGGGGGACUGGCUGUGGUUCAAGGGCCUUUUCAGGCUAAGGAGCAGUUGGAAGAUCACUUUGGUGGAGGAUUCGUACUUCUUGCCGGCUGCGGGGCAGCAUUCACUCCAAGCUCAUCUUGAUGCAGCGUACUCGGACUUCAGAGCCUUUUGUCGGACCAAUAAGAUCGCUUGCAGCCAGCCACCAUUUACUGUGAAGUUGGUGAUCAAGAAUGGUCAAGAGAUUAUGCUCACUGCCAAAGCCUACAACAAUAGAGUGAUCUGUGCUUGGUUGGCAGCCACUUUGGAGAAGGCCCAACAUGUUCCAGCUUGCGAUGACCGAAUUCCGACCAUGUUUGUUGCAAUGCUUCUUGCAUGCAUCGUCAUGCGUGCCAUACCCUGA